UCCCUGAACUAGCUAUUGCGCUGGGUCAGCAUUAGUGGCCCUGUUACUCCCAUUCCUUGCCCCCCGAACCCUCGUGCUGAAGGUGUUCAGCCUUGCCGCGAUGGAGGCACUCGUGGGCCUUGCAGCGUUCGGAGUUGCCUGCAAUGUCAUGCAGACGAUUCAUUUCGGCCUCGAAGCCGCCUCUGUUUGCAAGAGAUUGUGGGAGGGAAAGUCACCGGCUCCAGAGGUUGACGACCACAGAGUGGCAUUGGAGAAGGCUGCACAGGAGCUCCAGCAGUCGCUACCCUCCCUCCCGGCGAACGCGGGCGACCCCGGUGAUCAUGAGCUACGAUCGGUGGUCGUAAAACUGUUGAAUGUUGCGGACGACUUGAAGAAAGAGCUGGAAAAAUGCAAGAAAAGCGCUACCGUCUCUGGGUGGCGCAAGGUUAAGACUGCUUUCACAUACAUUGUUCGGAGGAAGAAAGAGGUGGAGAAGCUCUCUCGAUCCCUGAAAGAUUUCCAGGAGAUUAUGGAGCUUAAUAUACUCGUCGGCCUGAAGGCGAGAUUGGAGCACAACCAUGUCACAGUCCAUCGGAACCUGGAUGCCCUCGACCGGAAAACGCAAGCUUUUCUCCAACAGCUCGAAGCAGGAAACACUCAGAUGAGUGUGCUGAUAGGCCUUGAAUCGGGACAGGUCCGAACGCUGGUGACACAAGAAGGCGAAAAAGUCAGAUCCAGUCUCCAUGGGCAUACUAAAGCCAUUGGAGAUGUGGUAGUAAACGAGUCGGUCAGGACGAGACAUCACGUGGAUUCGACGUUCGAUGAUCAUCGGUCUAUGCAAGCUCGUGAAGCUCAGCUAGAAGCUUUUCUACGCAGCCUUGAGUACCCCGAGAUGAACGCGCGUCGGAACGCUCCUGCUAUCAACAAUACCCACAAAGGCACAUAUCACUGGAUAUUCGACGACGAGAUUGGGUGCAAUGAGGGGCGUCAGCGUAAAUGGAGUAGCUUCAGUGAUUGGCUUCAGUCGGGCGACCCCGUGUACUGGAUUUCAGGCAAACCUGGCUCAGGCAAGAGCAGCCUGAUCCGGAUUCUUAUUACCGACGAGCGGGCAUCGGCUUUCUUGGAUCAGUGGAGACUAGAUGCCAAGAUUCUCACUGCUUUCAUCUGGAAUGCAGGUUCAGCCUUGCAAAGAAGCCAAGUUGGCUUACUGGCGACCUUGCUUCAUCAGUUGUUGUCCGUUAGCCACCAAGCGACGUGGCAGUUACUGGAGGUUAGGCCAGCAACUCACAGCAAACGUUAUAUUUCGGACUGGUCAAGAGGAGAAUUGCUCCACGCUCUCAAACUGGCGUUACAGUUCGAAAACAGUCCCGUAUGCUUCUUCAUUGAUGGCUUGGAUGAGAUAGAUCCGGCCGAGUAUGAUGGAAAGCACGGCCUUCUGGAUCUGAUUGACAGCUUCCCAUCUAUUCCAAACGUCAAAAUCUGCCUCGGAAGCCGGGAAGAAUCCGUCUUCCUUCUCAGACUAAAGGAAUAUCCACGACUACGACUGCAGGAUUUGACACAGUCGGAUAUGUCCAAAUACGUGCACCAGACUCUUAGUGCAAGCACCGUCGCGACGCACGAAGAAUUGUCCAGAUUGGCUGAUCUCAUUAUCGAAAAAGCUGCUGGCGUGUUUCUCUGGGUUCACCUUGUCACCCAGAGCAUUCGGAAUGGUUUGAUCCAAUUUGACGACUGGGACAAGCUAUUUCGCCGCGUUAAUCUUCUGCCAUCGGCACUCUCCGCCCUAUAUAAGGAGAUGUGGAAUCGCCUCAAUGAAGAGGAUCAACAGAUAUAUCGCAACGAAGCCGCAGUCUACUUCAAGCUGGCUUUGAAAUUCCGUGGACAAUUAUUGUUCUCGAUGCUCUUGAGAUCGAAACCUGCCGUGCUACGUGCGUUUCUAUCUGGCGGCAGGGAGAUUACGGAGCAGUAUGUGGUCAAUGAAUUGAUGAAUUUCCAUCAUCAGCUCAUUGCUAGGUGUGGUGGGUUCCUUGAGGUGUCCUCCUCGUCGAAAAGGCAGCUUAAGAAAGGAAGCAUAUAUGAAUGGAUCAACAGGAGGGUCUCUUUUGUUCACCGAAGCGCGAGCGACUUUUUCAAGGACACAACGCAUGGACAAAGGAUUCUCAGUUACGACCCACGAACAGCGGCGGAGCGGGGCUAUUCUGAGGUGCCGUCCUUGCUAUUGCCAUUUGAGUUCUUCUGCAGUGAUACCAAUGGGGCAGCUCUAGGAGAUCUCUUACAUAGGCUCCGAUAUGUGCUAGUCGUCGACAAGUAUAUCACACAGGAUCCGGACCUAGAACUGCCAUUCCUGGAUCUGAUGGCUUCACACCUGGAUCGGAAUCCCACUUCUCUGAGUAUGGGUCUCUCAUUCGUCGAGUACGCUGCUGCAAUGGGAUCGAUCCAGUAUCUGCAAAGAUUCGUCCAGUCUUUGGCAUCGUACACCAAUCCACGCACUCAAAGAUGGAAAAAUCAACUUCUCCGAUGCGCUAUAGGCCCAUUAUGGCGCUCUAACUAUGAUGUCGACUUGUUCUAUUUGCCAGAAAAGGUCCCUUUGAUGUCUUGGCUACUCCGUCUGGGCGCAGACCCAAACGAUCUACCUGCACCCAUUCAACCUUCAGCGAUUCAGCCAGCUAUAUAUCAGUCACCUUUCAUUACGUUCCUAGAAGCUCUAGUUGAUGGAGGCGACCAUACCGCCGACAUGGCCAGCAUGCUCAGUUUAACCUGCCAGUUUCUCGAGCAUGGAGCAGACCUCAACGCUCGAUUUAUACAUCAUUCCCUCGGGAGCACGCUGAGAAUGCCGCAUCGGACCGAACGCUGGUAUUUCGCCUUUAUGGAAAUGAGCGCAAGUCACCUGUGCUACGAUGCUCAGGCACAACUCCUACUCCUGGAGGCGGUAGACGAAUGGAACGGGACGACGGAGCAAAAACAACGUCUCAGGAAUCUCUUCGACGUAGGAAGUAGUCGCCCUGCAAAGGUCCUUCUUUUCGGGAGGGUUGAAUGCUUUGGGGAGGGAUACGAUCACCACUACUUCUUCCUUCCUCCGAGUAAGGAAAUACCAUCACCCUAUUCUAAAGAAUGGCAAGCAUCCGACAUGACAGAGUGCGAUGACUACUUCUCUAAUCACCCAGAUCUUCUCAUGGAUCUCAAGACUGCUGUUCAAUGGCUGGUCGAUCGGAAUCACUUACCGGAAUUUGCUGCACUCACUAAAGACCCUGAGACGUUCUUGGGACUGGAUAUCUGGCACCAUGGCUUGGGUUCAUUUUACAACCUGGAAGUCCAGUAUGACUUUUCGCGUAUCGACUGGUCGUACAAACCAGAAUACGAUGCGUUUAUGGCUGCAGUAGAGAAGAAGUUUUCUUAAACAGGGGAGUCUUCUUCAGAGUGAAGUAGUCUGCGGGAAGCCGCUCCUAGAGGUCGUCAACGUGUCCAAGUGGUUCGGUAUCAUGACUAGAAGGUACUAUCGCUGGCCUGGCACUUUCACUGUCUAGCACUAUCGAUCGUUUAGAACUCAACUGUAUCGCUAUCUGGUGGAAAACCCUCCUCGUGGGAAUGUGCGCUGCAUGGCCGCUACAUA